AUGGCGCGCGAGGCCUUUCUUACUCGCCUCUGCGAGCAGGCUUGGCGUUACGAUGAUAUGGUCACCCACGUGAAUGAAGUCGCGAAGGCCGGUGGUGAGCUCAGUUUCGAGGAGCAGAACCUUCUCAGUACUGCAUAUAGGAACGUGGUUGGCACCCGCCGUACCAGCUUGCGGAUCAUCUCCUCGAUAGAGGAAUCGGAGUCAAGCAGCGAGAAGCAUGCGACUGCCAUCCGGGAAUACCGCCAGAAGAUUCUGAAUGAGCUCGAGAAGUUCUGCGAGGACCUUUUAGUGGCGCUAGAUGAGAGACUGAUCCCCAAUGCGACUGCAGGCAUGUCCAAGGUCUUCUACCACAAGAUGAAAGGCGACUACAGCCGUUAUCUGGCGGAAUUCGGGUCGGGCGAGAAGCGCAACACUGCUAUUACUUCUGCCCAGGAGGCCUACAAGAUUGCUACUGAUGUUGCCCAGAUCGAGCUUGUCGCCACCCACCCAUUGCGCCUAGGCGUGGCUCUGAACUUUUCUGUCUUCUACUACGAAAUCCAGAACUCGCCUGAUCGUGCUUGUCAUCUUGCUCAGAAGGCCAUUGAUGAUGCCAUUGCCGAGCUCUGCUCCCUGUCCGAAGAAUCCUUUCGCGACUCCACACUCGUUAUACAGCUCCUCCGUGACAAUCUGAGUGUUUGGACGUCUUCGGACAUUGAUGCGAUCUCUGUGCUGGGGACGGUAGGUCCAGACCGAUGUGACGCCCCAAGGUCCUGA